AUGAAGAGGACUAGCCCUUUAGUUUUAUAUUUCUCUCGAGUUCCUGAGCAACAGGGUGCUGCCGAACAACAACCGCAAUCUCAAGCUCCUCCACCGCAAUCUCAAGGUACAGAACAGGAGACAAUUGGGACUAGAGCUAGUGCUGCACAAGCACAGAACCAACUUGAGGAAGUAAGAACAGCUACAACUAGUUUGCCUGCAGUAGAACAAACUAGAAAUGAAAAUAUUGAUUUUGUGGAGGAGGAGGAGGGCGGUUCCAAUCAUGUCCUUAAUCCUCAAGAUAUUAUUGCAGAUCCAGGUUGUCAAAAACCAAUUGAGGAAAUGCAUCCAAACAUUAGGGAUGAUGCAAAAAGGGAGUCUGUCUUGUUAGGUCCAUGUCAACCAAAAGGUUUGUCGAUGCACAAGGACAAGUUAUUGAGAGGUUCCUUGCAUGGUUGGGAUGAGCUGUUUGAGGAGGUAAUGGAGUUAUGUGCAAUCCAUCACAUCAUUGUCCCAAAUAUGGAGGAGAACGUAACUGUUCAAGGUCGUUCAAGGGGCCGUGGAGGGCAGCAGAUUUAUGAUGUUGAUUUCUCCCAAUAUGAUCAUGAUCGGCUUCCGCAACAACUUGAUAACUUCAUUAGUGAUGCGAGAGCUGAUCCUUCCUUUGCAAAUUGUAUGGACCUUGGUGAACUUGCUAUAAAGUUGGUUCAAACUGAAAGGCACACAACCUUUCCAUUGGUUUAUCGCCUCAUUGAGUUGGCCUUGAUUUUACCUAUUGCAACCGCCACAGUAGAAAGGAUUUUCUCAGCUAUGAAGAUUGUCAAGACUGAGUCUCAGAAUAAAAUGGCGGAUGAGUGGUUAAAUCAUAGGAUGGUAUGUUAUGUUGAGCGAGCUGUGUUUGCAACCAUCCAAAAUGAUGACAUCUUACGGCAUUUUCAAGAAUUGAAGACCCGAAAGAAGAAGUUACCUAGAGUUGUUAUUGAGGACAAGGAAGUGGACGAUGCGAAUGCACCAAAUCAGGAGCGUCACUAG